AUGAGUCUAGGCAUCAUGGAGGAGGAAGAUCUGGCCGAGUACUUCCGCCUGCAGUAUGGGGAGCGGCUGCUGCAACUGCUCCAGAAGUUUCCCCACAUUGAGGAGCAGUCAGAGUCCCCAUCUAUCCAGCUGCUGGAGAAGAAGAAGGAGGCCAAGGUCAUGCACCACGCCAUGCUUCAGAAGAAGGAGGCAUUUCAGCAUAGAAUGGAGACUCUGAACCUGCGCUGGGAGGAACUGGGCAUCAAGGAGGCCCGGCUGAAGGCCCACAUGCAGAAGUUCGAGCAAUUCAUCCAGGAGAAUGACCAGAAACGGAUCCGCGCCCUGAAGAAAGCUAACAAGGAGCGAGAACUCAAGAGGCAGCGCUUGCGCGAGCUGGCCAAGGCCAAGCAGGAGAUGGCAUCCCUGCGACUACAGCACCAGCAGCUGAGCAGCAAGCUGCAGGACUACUCCAUCUUCAACAAGUACCUGGAGAAGGUGGUGGAGAACUCCGAGUUUGAAGAGAUCCACGAGGUGAUGGCGCGCUACAAGACGCUGGUGAGCAUGCACGACGACCUCAUGCUGUCGGCACAGGAGGGCCAGGAGAAGAUCGAGCGUGCCAAGGCGCGGCUGGCGCGCUACAUGGAGGAGAAGGACGACGAGAUCCUGCAGCACAACAAUGAGCUGGCGCGCCUACAGAUGCGCUUUGACCGCGCCCGCAGUGAUGUCAUCAUCUGGGAGUCUCGCUGGGCACACAUCCAGAACACGGCAGCCAAGAAGACCCUCUUGCUUGGCACCAUUAAGAUGGCAACGCUGAACCUCUUCCAGACAGUGAGCAAGCAGCUGAAGGAGGCCAGCUAUGUGUCCCUGGAGGACACACACAAACAGCUGGACAUGAUCCAGCAGUUUAUCCAGGACCUGUCAGACAUCUGGGCAGAGGUAAAGAAGAAGGAGCAACAGCAGAUCCGGGUUUAA